UCCCCGAAGUGGUUUUAGGUCCGGGUGGAGGGUCGGCGGCACGUGCUGCCCGCAAGGAGAUUUCCUCCAAGUAAAACAGACCGGUUUGUUUUGUAUUAUUCUCGGCCGCGCUUGAUCGUGCGAGGUGUGUGAAGUUGGGUGAGUUGACAGACUCCCUCCCAUUGAGGAAAUCAGUGAAUGGACGGAGGGGAAGCCGCUCACACUGGAAGUUGUUUCUUGCGUCACCGUUGAAGAUAAAAAAGUCUGGAGAUUUCUAAUAUAACCUUGGACACGAGCCUGCCCGUCACAUGAAGCCGCCUCGCCUCGUUUCGGUGACACGGGGCCGAAGUUUUGCUCCGUGACUUUUCAGAAAACUUUUUCCGUCCUGAUCAUCAGUUUGCAGAAGUUUUGAGAAACCGGGGGGACUUCACUUUUUUUUCGGAGCCGUGACUCCCAUGUGUGCACUGAGAGGACCCGGUGAACAUGAACGACAGACAAGCGUCCUGCGACUCCAAACUCAACGGAGAUGAGUGUAAUAAUAAGACGGACCCGGAGAGCCAGGCGAAGCUGGAGGCGGCGCGGCGCCUCGGGGCACCGGACGCGCCGGGCGGCGCGGCGCUGCAGCCCACCCGGCUGUACAAGCGGCGCUGGAUGAUCGUCCUCCUCUUCAGCUCCUACUCGCUCUGCAACUCCUACCAGUGGAUACAGUACGGCAUCAUCAGCAACAUCUUCACCAGGUUCUACGGCGUGAGCGCCUUCACCAUAGACUGGAUGUCCAUGAUCUACAUGCUGACAUACAUCCCGCUCGUCUUCCCGGUCACCUGGCUGCUGGACACCAAGGGGCUGCGGGUCAUCGCGCUGGUGGCCACGGCGCUCAACUGCGCGGGGACGUGGAUCAAAGUGGCCAGCGUCAGACCCGACCUGUUCGCCGUCACCUUCCUGGGCCAGUUCUGCUGCUCCCUGGCGCAGGUCUUCAUCCUCGGGAUGCCGUCCAGGAUGGCGUCCGUGUGGUUCGGCUCGGAGGAGGUGUCCACCGCCUGCUCCAUAGGGGUGUUCGGGAAUCAGCUGGGCAUCGCCAUCGGCUUCCUCGUGCCUCCGGUCCUGGUGCCCAACGUGGACGACAUGGACGAGCUGGCUCACCACAUCAGGAUCAUGUUUUACAUAACUGCAGGAGUGGCGACCUUCCUCUUCGUCCUUGUUGUCUUUGUCUUCCAGGAGCGUCCCAAAUUGCCUCCCACUCAGUCCCAGGCCGCCGCUCGGAGCAUCCCUCCAGAGCACUACUCCUACACGGCGUCCAUCCGACGGCUGCUCCGCAACAAGCCCUUCAUCCUCCUCAUCGUCACUUACGGUCUGAACGUGGGCUGCUUCUAUGCCGUCGGGACCUUGUUAAACCGCAUGAUUAUUUUCCAUUACCCUGGAGAGGAGGUGAACGCCGGGAGGAUCGGCCUGACCCUCGUCAUCGCCGGGAUGGUGGGCUCCCUGAUCUGCGGCAUUUGGUUGGACAGAACUAAAACGUACAAACAGACGACUCUUGCAGUCUACCUGAUGUCUCUGGUGGGGAUGAUCGUCUACGCCGCCACUCUCAGCCUGGGUCACCUCUGGGUGGUCUUCAUCACCGGUGGAGCUCUCGGGUUCUUCAUGACGGGCUACCUGCCUCUGGGGUUUGAGUAUGCGGUGGAGCUGACGUACCCGGAGUCAGAGGGAACCUCAUCGGGACUCCUCAACUGCUCGGCACAGGUGUUCGGCAUUAUAUUCACCAUCGCUCAAGGAAAGAUCAUCGAUCAGUUUGGAACGCUGGAAGGAAACAUUUUCCUGUGUGUCUUUCUCCUCAUUGGCACCAUUCUGACAGGUUUAAUCAAGUCCGACCUCAGGAGACAAAACGCAAACCAACAGGCCAAAGCAGCUGCGGAAGCACAGAUGUCGGGACAAGACUACGGAGCGACAGCGCUAAUCUCCCAGCAGCAGACUCCUCCUUCUCAAGCCUGAUCAAUCAAUAUUUCUGCUUCACAAAAAAAAAAAAAAAAAAAAAAAAAAAAACCUUUCCUCUCAAAUCUU